CUAUUAAUCGAGUCUGUGGUUAUCAAUAAAGCAUUAUUUACUUGUCGAAACUACUCGAAACAUAAAAUACAAAAUAUUCACAAAUUAAAGGAUUACCGAUUGUGUGCUGCAAAAAAACAUCAUUAUGCUUGGAUUUUCCAAUGCUGGUAUUCCCGACAAAACAUGGCAGCCGCAAGUAGCGGUGAUAGAAACAACAAUGGGUACAAUGACGGUCGAGAUGUAUUGGAAACAUGCGCCUAUAACAUGCAGAAACUUCAUGGAAUUGGUUCGGAGGGGCUACUACAACAACACGAAGUUUCACAGGGUUAUAAGAGACUUCAUGAUUCAGGGUGGCGAUCCGACCGGUACAGGCAAGGGCGGUCAAUCCAUCUACGGCCCUGAAUUUGAUGAUGAAAUCGCGAAUGAUUUGAAGCACACGGGAGCUGGUAUACUGUCUAUGGCAAACGCUGGUCCCAACUCCAAUGGCUCUCAGUUCUUUAUAACGCUGGCGCCGACGCAGUGGCUGGAUGGAAAGCACACCAUCUUUGGCAGAGUUCAAUCAGGAAUGACAGUUGUUAAAAGAAUAGGUUUAGUAGAAUGUGACAAACAUGAUUGUCCUGUUGAUGAUAUUCGGAUAGAAAAAGCCUAUAUUCAAAAAUGACGUAAUUAGUUAGACCACUUUGUCAAGAAAUUAUUGAAUUUAAUUGGUUAAUUAAUUAAGUAAAUUUAAGCGGAUACCUGCCUCGGAUGUCUUACUGUAAUAUACUGUCAUUUCUAAUUGUAAACUCGCACUACCAACUCAAAAUCAUUAUUAAAUGUCACCUCGUAAAUGUACGUCUGAAUGUCACAUUCUUACCUGCCGGUUAAAAUCCUAAACAAAUAUACUUACUGUCCUUUAUACUAUUUUUGUAUCUUUAUACUUACAAUGUUCGACUAUGAUAUGUGUGCAUUUGUUAAUUAAACAACAUAUUGAAUGAUCAUGGUCAAUGUAUUAGUCCAAACUGCCAUCAUAAGCAAUUGAGUAAUAAAAAAAGGAUAUUAAAUCUGUCUGGUUUUAUAUUUAGGCGACAAUUCAUUCAUCGUAUUUUACCUACUUAAAUCCAUCUGUAAGCUAAUGCAUCAAUCAUAAGUUAAAGUUAUACUUUAAGAGUUGUAAUGCCCAAGCACAAUUGAUGUGCAAAGAAUUUUGUAUAAUUCACACAACAGAACUAAUAAACCGAUAGUAAUACUUUAAUAUCAUCUGCAUACAUGAAGAUUGUUAUUACUGCUUGCUGCGAAUGUGUAUUAAUAUAAAACCUAACUUAUUAAUGGUUAAUAGUGUGUAAAAAGGUAAUGCAACAUGUAAGAGCCCAUAUUUCAGUAAACUUUAAACUGCA